AUGUGGCGGUUGUCGCGGUCCCUUCGUUCUAACUCUCUCCACAACCCUGGCCCUUUUUUGGAUGGGGCCCUUCAACUAAUAAAGCUUCAUUUGGCCCAUAAGAACGCUGCGGCGGACAAGAACACCAAAGCGUGCAGCGACAUUGAGGGGGAGUUCCUUAGAGAGUUGGAAGCUUUCCGCCCGUGCUUUACUAUGUCUUCUUCGCUUAAAGUCGCCAAGUUGUACACAAAGAAGCUGCAUGGUGCAUUAUCAUAUUUCCAACUUUACGACGACCCGCUCAUGCGGCAGUUAGAUAUGAUAAUAGGGAAGCAAACUAUGCAGCCCAGUGCUGGCCGUCAACAUGGGGUUUUCAAAGCGCCGGUAGCUGCUCGUCUUGAUCCUUUCUUCUCUUUAGACGAACGGGAGGAAACAGUGCUGCCAUCGGAGCUUCCUAACCCCCCCAAACCGGAUCCUUCCACCCCACUCCGUGAGAGGGCUUUGAAGGUGCCUGCACAGCACCGCGGCCACUGGGUUCUUCGGGAUCCGGAUAUUGCCAUAACCCGUGAAGAGAGGCGGACGGACCCAUGGUAA